AUGCCAGAAUACAAGCUGUCGUACUUCAACCUUCGUGGACUGAUUGAGCCAGCACGAUGCUGUUUUCAUUACGCUGGAGUUCCAUUUGAGGACAACAGAAUCGCUUUUAAUGAUUGGCCAGCUGUCAAGGAUUGUAAGUUAUCUUUUUACGAUAAAUGUGAUGGAUUGUAAUUUAAAAAGUAUUUUAAAAUCCCUUUUUUAGCCUUUUAUUACAGUGGUCUCUAUAUAUAGUGAACCAUCUGUAUGAGCAAGUCUCCUUAUAGUAAACAAGAAAUUUGAUCCCUCCAACUCAAUUUGCACUAAAAAGUCUCUCUGUAAAGACAACAUUUCUUAUAGUAAACACAAAAUGUCAGUUCCUUCGGGUUGUUUAUAUAGAGAGAGUACUGUAUUUUAGCCUUUUAUUAUGUAUUUAUUUCUACCUUUUAGCCUUCCCAAACAAGCAAAUGCCAUUGUUAGAAGUAGACGGUAAAAAGCUCUCUCAAUCUGGUUCCAUCCUGAGAUUCGUUGCACGAGCCACUGGUUUGACCGGUAAAGAUUCGUUCGAGGAGGCUAAAGCUGAUGAGCUCUACCACUUCUUCUAUGACAACUUUCGUGCUGGUAUUGCUGUUGUCUUGGACAAAGUCGGGAUCAAAAAGUCUGAAAACUUGGUAAGUUACAGUACUUUUACUCAAACGUUCAAGGACUUUUCACCCUUGCUUAAAUUUUUUUUUCAAAAAAAACUGCUUAAAUACUUAAAAGCAUAAUCAAAACCUAAUUUCAGGCCAAAGACCAAGAAGACUUUGUACACUACUCGACCAUUUCUUUGGACGGCUACACCAAGUACUUGGAAGAAGCCAACAAUGGCUACGCUUUUGCGUCCGGCUUAACUUAUGCUGAUUUUGUCAUUGCUUCACAUUUUUUGCUGGUCAAAAACAUGGACGAACAGUUGGCUAACAAAUUUCCAAAGGUGGCCGAACAUUACAAGAAAAUCUGGGCUAUUCCGCAACUUCAAGAUUACUUUUCGAAACGGCCUGACACUAUCAACUAA